GCCCCGCGCGGUCAUUCAAUGAUUCAGUGAUAAACACAACUCGAAGGCGCGCCCUCGUUCGUCGCCGUCGCCCGUCGCUCUGAUUCGCUCCAUUCCAUGAGCUGAUGAAGGCCGUGUAGUGACCAGUGAAGCCACGAGCAUGACGGUGGCUUGCAGGCAACCAUCGCCGCAGGAACAACGGCGGUUUUACCAUAUUCUAGAAAAUGACUGAAGGUCGUCAUCAUGACAAGUCGAUGUGCAUACGCAUCUGGUUGGAGGUGGGUCACGCGUGCGAGCCGCAGCGGUCGUCGUCCGGCCGCGCCGACUGGCGGGUGUGGGUCCGCGGCGUGGCUGGAGCUGACAUCAGCAACUUCGUGCACAAGGUGGUCUUCCACCUGAACCCGGCUACAGAGUUCGUCUAUCCUAAGAGAGUUCUCCAAGAGCCGCCAUAUGAGAUUCAAGAGUCUGGCUGCGCGUCUAUCGAAAUUCCUAUCCACGUGUACCUGAAAUACAGCGCCAAACCGAAGAGGAUACGGCUUAAAUAUAGUUUACUGAUAGAAAAUAACGCACGGGGCAGCUCGGAGUCCCGGUGUAUCUACUACGACUUCGGGAACCCCUCCGAGCAACUCCGACAGUGUCUCAUGAAGGCUGGCGGGGAAGUCAUCGCCAGAACAGGCGUGUUAACACACCCUGGCAGCUUGCUGGUAGUCCUCUCUGACAGCGGCGAAGAGCGGCAACGCGAACGCCACAGCAAACAAAAGAAGUACGAAUUCGUCGAACCCAUUCAGACCAAAGACUCCAAAGAGCAUUACGAGAAGAGAGUUUACGACCGGUCCAAGUGCGAAUCGCCGGUGGAUUUCAGAAGUUUGCUGAGACAGGUGUCGAUGACGGAGGACGAGAUAAAGCACGUGUCGCAGUUGUAUUUAUCGUACAGUAGUUAUGAGAAGUCCGGUGACGCGCUGCCGCUGCCGCCUUUAUCGGAUCCGAUUUAUCAGGUGCCCGAGUUGCCGGCGUCGCUUCGCCGUGCGCUCACCAGCGUAGAGGCCGACUAUGCGAUGCAAUGACCCCUUAAGCUCUGUAUUCACAGACUUGCAAGAGCGGAUGACAAUGUUAUUUCUGGCCUCUCGCCCAUGCAUGACUUUAAAUACAGGGAUACUCAAGCGAAGCAGUAUAAGAGCGUAGGUAUCUACUUCUUUUACUCAUAAAUAUUUGCAACUAAAAUAAUAAUAGGUAGUUGCCACAGCUCAGCUCAGUAGUCAAUCUCGUAGCUCGUAUAGUUUACGGUGCCAUUUGACACUUGCCAUUGCACUUGUCUUUAUAUUGUUCUUAUUUUAAUUAUGUUUUUAAUUAUACUGUUAAUUUAAUGUGUCUUUGUCCAGAGAUUUAUUUAUUUGUGUUAUGAUUACUAUGUUGUUUAAGUUACUAUACGUUAGUCAUAAAAUUAUAAAAGUUCAAGAGUAAUAUAUAUUUUUUUUACGAUAAUUUCUGUUAAUGUGUGCUGUGACUAAGAUCUCAGAUUACUUUUUUCACUGACGGCUUACGUGAUAGAGGUGCUAGAAUAAUUUUAAGCUCAUAUCAAAAUUAUAUAUUUCUGUACAUACAUACUUAGUAUCCAAUUAGGUAGUUUUAUAACUUGUUCUUUAUUGGGUUCUGUGGUCAACAGGAAACCGUUUUCGGAGCUUAGUUUAAAUUAAUUAGGUACCUAGUGUAUUUUAUUGUAGUACCUAGCGGCUACGGAACCCUACACUAAGUAUGGCCCAACAUGUUGGCUGGUUUUUAUGUUUACGAAUAAUUUACGUUUGUUAGUUUAUGUUAAUGUAAAUAUAUUUUUGUUAGGAAUGAUUGUGAGUUGUGUGUGAAUAAUUCGUAUGUUAGUUAGGCUUGGGCGGCGCCAGUCGAGAUUUUAUUAUAUAUGUGUAUUCUAUUUCUUUUUUAGGAGUAAUUACCUACAUGUAAGUACUUUCUUUAAGGAAACCUUUUGCCAUGUUUCUGGUACAAGAGACAGGAAAAUAACGCAUACCUUUCACCGACACUAUCAGCUAGCAAAAAAUGAGGGUACCUACCUAUACAGAUACCUAUAACUAGCCCUUAGGUACAUAUACCGCGUUGCUAGUUUCGCUGAAACUUCGUGUGCCUUACUAAUAUGGCGAAAGAUUUGCUUAUGGUCAAAUAUUAAAUUUACUUACCGAAAGCAAUGUGUCAAGUCAAUGUUGUAUUUUCCAUAAGUAAUAAAAAUGAAUCCUGUUAAUUACGUCUGCCUUGACGGAACGGUAAUAAUCGGGCGUAUAACCGCGAACAUCGAAGUUCGCAAAUUGCGGGUAUUUUUCUCUGUCACUCUAAUUACGCCUUCAUUGGAGUAAAAGAGAAAGAUCCUCGCAAUUUGCGAAUUUCGGUUUUCGCGGUAGCCCCUCAGGGUACGCCUUCUAUGGCGACCUGUAGACUUUGUUUGCGUAAGUAGGUAUAUUGUAUGUAGUUAUGUAGAUAAUUUUAGGGCUUAUGCCGGCUACAUACGUAACGAUAAAUCGUUGCGAUAAAACUGUGCAGUCCGACUGUGCAGAUAAAUCGAACCGUGU